GGAUCGGUAAUUGCGCAAGUGGUUUAUAGAAUUUAGGCAUUUGCGCGCAUGCUCAAUCUCAGGGGGAGUGAUAGGAGCAUGAAUGGAGCAAAAUGGCGGAUCAUGUGCAGAGCCUAGCCCAGCUAGAGAUCCUGUGCAAACAGCUGUACGAGACCACAGACACCACCACCCGGCUCCAGGCUGAGAAGGCCUUGGUGGAGUUCACCAACAGCCCUGACUGCCUGAGCAAAUGCCAGCUCCUGCUCGAGAGGGGAAGCUCCUCCUAUUCACAAUUGCUGGCCGCAACAUGUCUUUCCAAAUUGGUUUCGCGAACAACCAACCCCCUACCCUUGGAACAGCGCAUCGACAUCCGGAAUUACGUCCUAAACUACCUUGCGACCCGGCCGAAGCUGGCGGCCUUUGUGACGCAGGCUCUCAUCCAGCUGUAUGCCAGAAUCACCAAGCUGGGCUGGUUCGACUGUCAGAAGGAAGACUACGUCUUCAGGAACGUCAUCGCAGACGUGACCAGGUUCCUCCAGGACAGUGUUGAGCAUUGCAUCAUUGGAGUGACUAUUCUCUCCCAGCUCACCAAUGAGAUUAACCAGGCCGACGCGUCGCAUCCGUUGACGAAGCACCGGAAGAUAGCCUCGUCGUUCAGAGACUCCUCGCUCUUCGAAAUCUUCACGCUCUCCUGCAACUUGCUGAAACAGGCCUCCGGGAAGAACCUGAACCUGAACGACGAGAGUCAGCACGGCCUCCUCAUGCAGCUCCUCAAGCUGGCCCACAACUGCCUCAACUUCGACUUCAUCGGCACCUCCACCGACGAGUCGUCCGACGACCUGUGCACGGUGCAGAUCCCCACCAGCUGGAGAUCAGCGUUCUUGGAUUCCUCAACUCUGCAGCUGUUCUUUGAUUUGUAUCAUUCCAUCCCCCCGUCGCUCUCCCCACUGGUCUUAUCAUGCUUAGUACAAAUAGCCUCGGUUCGAAGAUCCCUCUUCAACAAUGCAGAAAGAGCAAAGUUCCUGUCCCAUCUUGUGGAUGGGGUCAAACGGAUAUUGGAGAACCCCCAGAGCUUAUCGGACCCAAACAACUACCACGAAUUCUGUCGACUGUUGGCACGGCUGAAAAGCAAUUACCAGCUUGGGGAGCUAGUCAAGGUGGAGAACUACCCUGAGGUCAUCCGAUUGAUCGCCAACUUCACGGUCACAAGCCUACAGCACUGGGAGUUUGCCCCCAACAGCGUGCACUACUUGCUGAGCCUGUGGCAGCGCCUGGCGGCCUCGGUGCCGUACGUCAAGGCCACCGAGCCGCACCUGCUGGAGACGUACACGCCCGAGGUCACCAAGGCCUACAUCACCUCCCGCCUGGAGUCUGUGCACAUCAUCCUCAGAGACGGGCUGGAGGACCCUCUGGACGACACGGGGCUGGUGCAGCAGCAGCUGGACCAGCUGUCCACCAUCGGGCGGUGCGAGUACGAGAAGACCUGCGCCCUGCUGGUGCAGCUGUUCGACCAGUCGGCCCAGUCCUACCAGGAGCUGCUGCAGUCCACCAACUCCAGCGCCAUGGACAUCGCCGUGCAGGAGGGGCGCUUGACCUGGCUGGUGUACAUCAUCGGGGCGGUGAUUGGCGGGCGAGUGUCUUUCGCCAGCACGGACGAGCAGGACGCUAUGGACGGAGAGCUAGUGUGUCGGGUGUUGCAGCUGAUGAAUUUGACCGACUCCCGUCUGGCGCAGGCUGGCAACGAGAAACUCGAGCUGGCCAUGCUCAGCUUCUUCGAGCAGUUCCGCAAAAUCUACAUCGGAGACCAGGUGCAAAAAUCCUCAAAGCUUUAUCGCCGUCUCAGUGAGGUCCUUGGCUUGAACGACGAAACCAUGGUGCUAAGCGUCUUCAUCGGGAAAAUAAUCACUAAUCUGAAGUACUGGGGAAGAUGUGAACCCAUUACCUCCAAGACCCUUCAGCUUCUCAACGACCUCUCCAUUGGCUACAGCAGCGUGAGAAAGCUGGUGAAACUCAGCGCUGUCCAGUUCAUGCUGAACAACCACACGAGCGAGCACUUUUCCUUCCUGGGCCUUAACAAUCAGUCAAACCUCAGUGACAUGAGGUGUCGGACAACUUUCUACACUGCACUGGGGCGUCUGCUGAUGGUGGACCUGGGUGAAGAUGAGGACCAGUUUGAGCAGUUCAUGUUGCCCUUGACUGCUGCUUUUGAAGCUGUAGCACAGAUGUUCAGCACCAACACUUUCAACGAGCAAGAAGCAAAAAGAACUUUGGUGGGCCUUGUGAGAGAUUUAAGAGGGAUUGCCUUUGCCUUCACUGCUAAGACCAGCUUCAUGAUGCUGUUUGACUGGAUUUACCCCACCUACAUGCCCAUCCUGCAGAGGGCCAUUGAGCUGUGGUACCACGUCCCAGCAUGCACCACACCGGUGCUCAAACUGAUGGCGGAGCUCGUUCACAACAGGUCACAGAGGUUACAGUUUGACGUUUCAUCACCCAAUGGAAUCCUGCUUUUCAGAGAAACCAGCAAGAUGAUCACUACAUACGGCAACCGUAUCCUGACGAUAGGGGAGGUUCCGAAGGAUCAGGUCUACGCCCUUAAGCUGAAGGGCAUCUCCACCUGCUUCUCCAUGCUGAAGGCCGUCCUGAGCGGAAACUACGUCAACUUCGGCGUCUUCCGCCUGUACGGGGACGACGCGCUGGACAACGCCCUGCAGACGUUUAUCAAGCUCCUCCUCUCCAUCCCGCAGAGCGACCUGCUGGACUACCCUAAGCUAAGUCAGUCCUACUACUCUCUGCUGGAGGUCCUGACCCAGGACCAUAUGAACUUCAUUGCCAGUCUGGAGCCGCACGUCAUCAUGUAUAUUCUCUCCUCCAUCUCCGAAGGACUUACUGCACUCGACACAAUGGUAUGUACAGGAUGUUGCUCCAGCUUAGACCACAUAGUAACCUAUUUAUUUAAGCAGCUGUCGCGCAGCACGAAGAAAAGGGCCGCCCCCUUGCCGCAGGAGAGCGACCGCUUCCUGCACAUAAUGCAGCAGCACCCGGAGAUGAUUCAGCAGAUGCUAUCGACCGUGCUUAAUAUCAUCAUUUUCGAAGACUGCCGGAACCAGUGGUCCAUGUCCCGGCCGCUGCUGGGCCUGAUCCUGCUAAACGAGAAGUAUUUUGCUGAGCUGAGAAACAGUAUAGUGAACAGCCAGCCACCGGAGAAGCAGCAAGCCAUGCACCUAUGCUUCGAGAAUCUAAUGGAAGGCAUUGAACGGAACUUACUCACAAAAAACCGAGACAGGUUUACACAGAACCUCUCAGUAUUCAGAAGGGAAGUCAACGACUCCAUGAAGAAUUCCACGUACGGGGUAAACAGCAACGACAUGAUGAGCUGACAUUCCUCCGCCCGGCCUCCCACGGCCUCGCGCACCCCACCCCCCACCCCCCCUCGUACC